UGCCAGUCUCCAGGAUUUUUUUUUGCAGUCCAACAUCUAGCUACGUCACCCGACAGAGAGACAUCUGAACCUUCUGGGAAGUCUAUAUUCCAGCCGGGAGAGGAGCUCCUACCAGGAAACUCCGAUCCGCCCCACAGAGAGAAGGUGCUGUGCCUGUACUUCUCCUGCCCACAGUGUCUGUCACGGGAGCUCCGAAUCCUGGCAGCUGGCUGGCUCGGGGCUGCCACUAUCCAAUGGCUCCUGCGGCGUUGACGGGACUCCUUGCUCUGUGUGCGUGUCUCCUGCUGGCACCCCGCUGUGCCCAGGCGGGCAAGCUGCUGGUGGUACCCAUGGACGGGAGCCACUGGUUUACCAUGCGUUCUACUGUGGAGAGUCUGGUCCUCCGGGGGCACGAGGUGGUCGUGGUCAGGCCAGAGGUGAAUUGGCACCUGGAAGUCUCGGCCAAAUACACAGUGAAGACUUACUCCACACCGUACUCUCUGGAGGACAUGAACCGGCUGUUCAAGGAUUUUGCUGACGACCGGUGGAAAACUCGGGCAGGCAAUGUAUUUUCUCUGCUAAUGCAUCCAUCCCACGUUGUUUUUGACUACUUUUUUUCACGUUGUAGGAGCUUGUUCAAUGACAGGAAAUUAGUGAAAUUCAUAGAAGACAGUUCCUUUGAUGCGGUGUUCCUAGACCCUUUUGAUCUGUGUGGCUUAAUUGUAGCCAAGUACUUCUCACUGCCGUCUGUCGUCUUCGCCAGGGGGGUGUUCUGCCACUAUCUGGAAGAGGGCUCGCAGUGCCCAGCGCCCCCCUCCUACGUUCCGCGAGGCCUCCUGGGAUUCUCCGACAGCAUGACCUUCUGGGAGAGGGUGUGGAACUACAUCACCCAUGUGGAGGAACGACUCUUUUGUCACAAUUUUCUCAAAACCGGGUUAGAAGUCGCCUCCGACAUUCUCCAGACCACCGUCACAGCUUAUGACCUCUUCAGCCCUGUGUCCAUCUGGUUGCUGCGCACCGACUUCACCCUGGACAAUCCCAAACCCGUGAUGCCCAACAUGGUCUUCGUCGGCGGCAUGAACUGCCUCCCGGGAAAGCCGCUGUCUCCGGUGCUGUGCCUGUACUUCUCCUGCCCACAGUGUCUGUCACGGGAGCUCCGAAUCCUGGCAGCUGGCUGGCUCGGGGCUGCCACUAUCCAAUGGCUCCUGCGGCGUUGACGGGACUCCUUGCUCUGUGUGCGUGUCUCCUGCUGG